AUGGCCCUUUGCCAGAACAGAUUACAGGAGGAGCGGAAACAAUGGCGACGUGACCAUCCAUUUGGCUUCUUCGCCAAGCCUGCUCGGACGAAGGAAGGAGUGCUCGAUCUGAAGAACUGGGAGUGCGGCAUUCCUGGCAAAGAAAAGACAAUCUGGGAGGGAGGGCUGUUUAAGCUCAACAUUGCGUUUCCCGACGAAUACCCAACAAAGCCCCCAAAGUGCAAAUUUGUUCCUCCGCUGUUCCACCCCAACGUCUACCCCUCAGGCACCGUCUGCUUGUCGAUUCUCAACGAAGAAGAGGCGUGGAAGCCAGCCAUCACAGUCAAGCAGAUUUUGCUCGGCAUCCAAGACCUCCUCAACGAUCCCAACCCCGAAUCGCCCGCGCAAGCCGACGCAUACAACCUAUUCAAGAGAGACAAGGCUGAAUACGAGAAGCGCAUUCGCCGUGUGGUCCGCGAGAAUCCGGCGCCGUAA